AUGGCUAGCACGGCCUUCGCCUACUUGAACCAAGCCCCUGAGGGCAAAGUUCAGGCACGAGCAGUCGCUGACGAGGCCGAGGCGAUCAACCUUGAAGCUCGUCAACGCACCAGUGGUGCCAGCUCGCUGUCCAGCAGCGCUGCCGCUAUGCUUCUCCCUCUGGCUGGUAUGGUCGCGUAUGGCCUAUAA